UCUUCUUGUGCCCCCUGUGUGGACUAACAGUGUGAUGUUGGGACGACACUGAGCUCAGAUGCCGUCCUUCAAAAACAGCUCCUGUUGAUGUUCACAGUAGGGAGUCCCACCAUCGCACUGAGACUGUGGUCAUCUCUGCAUCAUCACCUGCCAUUUUACCACGAGUUCAAGCAAGACUUGUCUCAUCAAGGGACAGACAAAGAGCUGCAACUUGAUCAGAGACCUUCCAGACAUCCUGUCCUACAGCGGAAGAGCAGUGACUUCACCUUUUCACCUCUAGUACACCCUCCUGUCGUCCUUCCUCCACUCCCUCUCCACUCUUCUUGUCUCAGGUGUGUGUUCAACCUGUGAGCAGUGAUGGGGGAUUGGAGUCUCCUGGGAAAUUUCCUAGAAGAGGUCCAGGAACACUCCACCUCGGUUGGGAAGGUCUGGCUUACCGUCCUCUUCAUCUUUCGUAUCCUGGUGCUGGGCACAGCAGCUGAGUCCUCCUGGGGUGACGAGCAGAGCGAUUUUCUGUGCGACACUCAGCAGCCCGGUUGCACCAAUGUGUGUUAUGACAGCGCCUUCCCCAUCGCCCACAUCCGCUACUGGGUGCUGCAGAUUGUUUUCGUCUCCACGCCGUCCCUCAUUUACAUGGGCCAUGCCAUGCACAUUGUUCGAAGGGAGGAGAAGCUGCGGAAGAAGGAGCAGGAGGAGAGGGAGGAGAGAGGGGAAGGUGGAGGAGACCUGGAAGGGGAGAAAGAGUACCUCCAGCAGAAAGAGAGUGGAAGAAUGACGGCGUCUGAUGGGACUGGCCGUGUUCGCCUGAAAGGAGCACUGCUGCAGACUUACAUCCUGAGCAUCAUGAUCCGCACAGUCAUGGAGGUGACGUUUAUUGUGGUGCAGUACAUGAUCUAUGGGGUGUUCCUCAGGGCAUUGUACCUGUGCAAGGCCUGGCCCUGCCCCAACCCCGUCAACUGCUACAUGUCCCGACCCACCGAGAAGAACGUCUUCAUCAUCUUCAUGCUGGUGGUGGCCGGUGUGUCUCUGCUCCUUUCGGUUUUGGAGCUCUACCACCUUAGCUGGAAGAGCGCCAGAAAGUGUUAUCGCCACAAGAUGAUGCAGAAGAGCAACCACAAAGCUGUGACAGUGUCCUUGUCCACGGAUCUGGAGCCCAACAGCCCACCUCGACCCUCUGACUCCUGCACCCCGCCUCCUGACUUCAGCCAGUGCCUGGCAGCCCCAAGCUCCAUGAACGCCAUGACCUCUAUGGCCUCUCAUCCCUUCAACAACAGGAUGGCGCUGCAGCAGAACUCAGUCAACUUGGCCACUGAGCGGCAUCACAGCUGUGACAACCUGGAGGAGGAGGAAGACUUCCUGAGGAUGAGAUACGACCAGGUGCCCACAGAGCUGCCUAACAGCUGCGCCCCAUCGCCUCUGCUGCAUGCCGGCUACAUGAAGGAUAAACGCCGCCUUAGCAAGACCAGUGGGAGCAGCAGCCGGGCUCGCCAGGAUGACCUAGCUGUAUAGACACACAAAAGUAGCUGACAAGGGGGAGAGGAGGGACCCUGGACCUUCAGAACCAACAGAAGGAACAGAAAGAUCAGUUUAGGAAGACACAAGGAGGAGUGUUAUUACUGAGUGAUCAGAAUGUGAGCACAGGCUGAAUAUGCAAACUCCGGCAUUGAAGCUUGACACAUAACUAUAGAGGAUGAACUCAGUGAGACACUGAGACGUGUGUGUGGACCACAUGAGCUUAACAUGUGUGAGCUCUGUGAGCAGGUAGUGUUUGUGAGUCACUUUGUCCUAAACUAAACUGCAAAAAGAAAACUAAUGUUGAAAUGAGAACAGGGUAACAGGUGUGACACCUGACUAUUGCACAUUUUACUGUUUAAGUUGAACAAUUAAAGCCAAAAAAUGAGAGAUAAAGAGAUUAUUAAGUGGGAAUGACAUGAUGCUUGUUGUGAGAUGACUUAGGGAAACCAUUUCAUUAGAAAGCAAAUUAUGAAACAAAUCUCAACUAUUCAAUUCAUUAGAGUAAUUGGAAGAUAAAGUUGUCACUUUAGAUCGCAAAACCAACAGUUUUUUUUUCCCGCAGCAAAAAAAAAAUCUGAUGCAAAAAGAGAAAACGGACUUGAAGGAAUAAUUUACCUGCAAUCUGACCUUUGUAUACUUAUCCCACAAAGAAAACGAUGUCCAAACCAAAAACUGAGGAAAGAAACUAAGUGGGGUCUGCUUUUAACAACAGCAAAACUAUAUCAAAACAUCUAUUUACAAUCUUUCACGCAACUCAUGCAGUAUAAUCAAAGCCUAAUUUAUCCAGUCAUAUGCUCGGUACUUCCAAAACCACAUGCAAGUUUGCUAAAAAAUUAUGAUUUAAAGCAUGAACAAACAGUCUCAAGCAGAGCUCAUAGGCAGAAGUGUUUUAUAUGGUAACGUGUGCGCAUGUGUUUGGGACGUGCUAAAUAAAUAACAGCAUAAAUGAGAACUGGAUUAUACUGCACAAGUUUUGUGAGAGUUUUUGACAGAUGUCUUUAUAUAGUUUUGCUGUUUUUAACAUGGUUCUCCAAUGACAUCAAUUUAUGAAGAAUCUUUGCCUUUUUGGAUUCUCCGUUCUCCAUGGAGGUAUGCGAGAAAAAAUCAAGGCAACAUGCAGUGAGUAUUUAAUACACACAUGGUCAUUUUGUGGUUUAGUAUUCUGUUAAAAUGCAAUAAACUGUGAAGCUUGCCGGUAUAUAAAUUGGAUGUUUUUAUGCUGUGCUUUUACAGUAAAUUACAGUUAAGUGCCUUAGAAAAUGUGGAGUUUUUAUUAAAAGCCAUGGCAAAGACUGCCAUUUAAAUAGAGCCAUCUGUUGAUCUGCUAACCUGAUUGCACUACACCUGCAGGUCAACAAACAUAAACAAAUAUUCAUUUGUUAUAUAUUUGACAGAAGCCUUCGUGUGCCGAAUGAGAGAAUGUAGCCUGUUUUAGGAGUUUUCCUUUUGAAAGGGAUUCAAGGGAAAAGAAAAAGAAGAGGUCCUGCUUGGAUGCUGUUAUGUGGAGAUUCAGCCACUAGGUGGCAACAUUGCACUUAACUUUUUCCAUUUCUCUCCUUGAGCCAUUGUGCAACAGAUAAUGAAUUUGUCCCUAUGCAAUGUACAGUAUGUUGAAGUUGAUGUCUUUGAAUGUAUUUUAUUUCCUUUCUGGUUUCUUGUUCUCACUAUAUGCAGAAUAAUUGAACAAGGUGUGUAUGACAGCUGUUUAUAAAUGACCAUCCAUUGCAAGUAAGGGUUUAAUCCUACACAUCUCCUAAAGCAAAUUUUAAACAGAAAUCUUGUCCAUCUUUUUGGUUCUUUAACACAGAUCUUUAUGUAAUAAAUGUAAUCACUAACCCAUCACAAGUCAAUAAAUCGUCCACUGUA